AUGUCCCAACAGCAGCCGCAGCCAGACACCAGCACGGCAACGCCAUCAACAGUGUCCUCCAUUGGCUGCUUCAAGGAACAGAUCAGCAGCCCCGACCUUGACGGUGAACCCCCACUGAGUAUAUCCCGAGCAGAGUCAUGCUUCACACAUUGUAGUAUCGGUACCUGGUCCUUUGCGGGUAUUCGCAACGGGACUAUCUGUACCUGUGGCGAUUCCGAACAGCGCAAAUAUGGAUCGGCCCCAGAAUCGUCAUGUUCGACCAAAUGCCCCGAAAAUCAGAGCGCCUUUGACAACUGUGGAGGGCCCGAAGCUAACAAUAUCUAUUUUGUCGGUGCCAUGACGCCCAAGGUCCCUUGGCCUAUUCCUUCGAUCAAUCCGAACAAUCCUAAUCCUAUCGUCACGCCUCCUUCGGACGACGAUGAUCAGGGGAAUAGUAGUGGGAAUAAUGGGGGGAUGUUGGGGAAUACGAAGCAUGCGUCAACGGCGAUGAUUGCGAGCAUUGCGGCUGUGGCGGCAGUUGCUGUGUUGGCGAUUGCGACGUUGUUGGUUCAUCGGAGGAAGCAUAAGGGGCGGAGGUCAAUGUCUUCGAUGGAGGAUGGUAGUGGUGGUGGUGGUAGUAGCAACUGUCGGUUUGAUCGCCACCACGACAAGGGCAGUUUCGACAGGAGCAACAACAGCGACAACAAUACUGCCAUCGUCGAUCCGUAUUCGCGCGCACGGACGGAUCACGGUUGGUUUGUGACGGGACAAAGGGAUGUGGCUACUCUGGACGACACCGAUAGUAUCUUUGGCGAUGAUGACAGUGGUGUUGAUGAUGGCAAAGAAGGACGGGGGAAGGAGUGUCUUUCACGGAGCGGGAGUCGCAAGAAGGAGCACCAGGACCUGUUUGAAGGGUUCGAGUCUUCGGCAAUGGAUGAGGACCGCUCCAUCCACAUCCAUCCAUCGGCAGAACGUCAUUCAUCCAUCGAGACUGCGCCCAACAGUAGCAACACCUUGGCCGUUGCGAACGGACCCAUCAUCCAUCACGACUCUACGACAACAACACCUUCCGACGAUGCCUCGUCAAUAACCACCACAACAUCAUCAUUCCCUCUCGGACAGCCAAGCAAGUUCUCGCUCGCAACCAAGAUCGGCUCCAAGAUGGGACACCUUAAGGUCAAGGUCCCAACCCACCACCACCACGACGGAUCCAACGCCCCUACAACAACAGACCAUGCCCCAAUCUCACCCAUCUCACCUAUCUCGCCCAUCUCUUCCACAUCAAGAUCUUCCUCUACUUCCUCAACCACAACAGUACCAUCAGCCUUCAGCUCGACUACUACAGGUUACCUGGAUAUUGAAGGAAGUGCAGGAGGAGUACCAGAGAGGAGCCCAACAAGCGCAACCCCUUCCUUUUCAUUCGCGUCCGCCCCCGUCCCAGGACCGGCAUCCAACCUCCAAGAAGCCAAAAAAUCCCCCCACCUCAACUAUUCCCACAAAUAUCAUCACAACCAGCACCAUGAACCACCAUCCCCAAUUUCCCCUCAGAAACAAUCCAUCCCCUCCUCCACAUCCCCUCGCCACCAUGGUGUCAACUCGAGACACCAAAAGAAACAACACCGCUCCGACCUGAUCAAGGACCUAAUCCUCCAGGGCGACUCGGCUCUGGAGGACAAGGAACUGGCCCUCAUGGCCCAAUACCAACCUCAUCACUGCUGGCAGCAACAGCAUCAUGCUGCUGCCACUGCCGCUGCUGCCGCUGCUGUUGCUACUCCUACCAUGCCUCCCAAGGUGGUUAGGAAGGCGCCUUUGGAGCGCGCGGAGAAACCUGCUUCGGAGACAAAGACGGUGGCAGCGGCGCCAGCACCGGCUGCACUUAUUAUACCCAGUCCUCGUGACUACUUGGCUCCCCCACCCCGCAUCCUGGUCCACAAAGCCCUGUAA